AUGAGCGCAAGGCCGAACCAAAGAAACAUCAAAUGGGUCGAGGGACUCCGCGGUAUUACCUCCGCCCUCGUUAUCGUUACGCACAUCUCGAGAGCGCUCGAUUACCCCUUGUUCUGGCCCUCCGACAACGAUCAUGACGCGCCGCGGUUAUUGCAGCUACCAUACCUGCGGCUACCGUGGCAGGGCCGCAUCGGCGUACCCAUCUUUGCCUUCUUGACGGGCUUCGUCUGCGCCUACAAGCCCCUGAAGCUGGCAUACCAACAAGGAAAUGCCCCCGCGGCGCUCAAGUCGGUCGCCCGCAGCGCUUUCCGCCGCCCGCCGCGGCUGAUUCUGCCGGCCUUGAUUGCAACCUUCAUUAGCUUCGUCCUGUCGGUUCUUGGGGGUUACAAGACGGCGAACCGCUGUGACUCUUUCUGGGUCCGCUUCGACGCGCCCGAUGACAUUCCCUUUGGGGAGAACAUCAAGAGGUUGUUCGGCUCUGCGCUCUCGACGUGGACCAACACGGAGAACCAAUACGAUAGGCAUCAGUGGGCCAUGCGCCCGCUGCUCAUCGGCGCAUUCCAGGUCUACAUCGUGUUGGCAGCCACCAUCGGGAUGCGGUUCAAAUUCCGAAUUCUGGUGCAUGUGCUCCUGAUCGCGUACUGGUGGCUGAAUGUCAACGCCCUAACAGAAACAUUUGGCGCCAUGCUUGCACUUGGCACACUGAUCGCCGAGCUCGCGCAGCAUCGGCCGACGCAGAACUUUAUCUCCUCACACCAGCGGCUGCUCACCUUCGUCGUCGCGCCUCUACUUCUCUUGCUCGGCGGCUUCGUCGGCUCGUACCCGGCUGAACACGAAGAUUGGAUGGGAUGGUCUAGGAUCCUCCACCGUUUGAUCGUGGAUCCAGCUGGGGAUCGCAGCAGGGGCAGCAUUAUCGUGCCGAAGGGAUCCGACGUUUACCGACGCACCUCGGCCUUCUUCAUCAUGUGCACCGCCGUCUCGCUCUUCAUCGCCCCGGUCUUGCAACAGCUGCUCUCGCACCGCCUCCUGAUCUGGCUCGGACAUCACUCCUUCGCCGUUUACCUGACGCAUGGCACCAUUCUCCGGACCGUGGGCAUCUGGAUUGUGUAUGGUAUCACUGGCGAACCAUGGGAACCGGCGGGCAAGAACGAAGAUGGCUCGCCGCGGGAGCAGGUGUGGCUGAAGCCGAAGGGGAGGCCGGCGAAGAUGAUUUCCAUUCUGGUGUUCACGACGCUGACGUACAUUGCCGCGUGGGCGUGGAUGAAGUAUGUCGACACCGCCUGCGCCAGAGCGACGCAGUGGUUAGAAAACAAGGUGUUUGAUGACGAAGACGGAGAGGGCAAGGCCGGCCUGGCGGAGAAGGGAUACUCACAACUGCCGAACGGCAACGGCAACGGCGCGGCGGCGAGGCCCCUUGAGGGCGAGAGGACGCAGCCGCCCCCUUGA